AUGACAACAGUCAAGUAUGAUAAAGGUCUGUUUAGGAGAUCUGUGAAUGAGAUGAUAGUGCUUAAUGAGCUACCUUUUGCAUUUGUGGAAUCAGAAGGGUUUAGGAGAUUCUGCAGCAAAAAUCUCCUCAUGAUUAUUAGCUUCAAGCCUGUCAUUGAUCACAAAGGAGAUACCAUUUCAUCACACUUGAUUGGCUGUCUUGAAGAAUGGGGAAUUGAGAAAGUCUUCACGGUGACAAUUGAUAAUGCAAAAGAGAAUGAUAAAGCUCUAGGGUUGUUCAUGGAUGCUUUGAUGAUGAAAGGACCUGAUGCAUUAGUUAGACAUGGUGAUAGAUUCAAAUAUUUUCUGUUGAGGGUUGAGACUGGAAAUGUUAGUAGAGAAAUCUUGAGUCUUGAUGUUGCCACUAGGUGGAACUCCACCUAUCUUAUGCUCACAGCCGCAAUCAAGUUCAGAGUUGCGUUUGAGAAGUUGUUGGUUGAGGAUAAGUUGUACAACGAGUAUUUCAUGGAGAAAGAAGAUAGUGGAGAGGAUGGAGCUAGAGGAGAGAAUCGUGUUGGUCCUCCAACUUUUGCUAAUUGGAAUGAAGUGCAAAGGUUAGUUAAAUUUAUGAGAAUAUUUUUCAAUUGCACAUUAUCCUUCUAUGCAACCAAAUCAAUGACAUCUUCUAUUGCCUACAAUGAUAUCGUCGUUAUCGAGAGAAACUUGAUCAAUCUAAGCUGCAAUAAUGAUUCACUUUUAAAGACAGAAACAAUGGUGAUGAGGUCCAAGUUUGAGAAGUAUUGGGAUGAUCUUAUCAACAUGAAUCCACUAGUGAUCAUUGCAAAUAGUGUCGAAACUACUCAUCUCAGAUCAUCAAUUAAGAGUGUGAUGAAGAAGCUAUAUGAGGAGUAUGCGUCGAAGCUUAGCCCCACCCCUUCUCAAGGUGAGAGUAGUAGUGCUACUAGAAGUGAUAAUGGAGAAUCAGUAGAUGCAAGUGCCAUGUUUGAUUUGUCAGAUGAUGAUGGUUAUGAAAGGAUGGAUUCAUUAUACUCUGAGAUGGUUUCUGAUACCGCAUAUGAAGAAUCUAGUAGUGAGCUUGACAUGUACUUGAUGGAGAAACCUAAGCCAAGAACCCAAUAUCAUUUGGGAUUGGAUUACGAUGUUUUAUCAUGGUGGAGGAGGAACAGUUCUAAAUUCCCAAUCUUGGCAGAGUUAGCAAGAGAUGUGCUUGCCAUCCAAGUGUCAUCUGUGGGACCUGAGUCUGCAUUCAGCACAAGCGGUCGUAUUUUGGACCCUUAUCAAGUUGUAUGUCACCACACAUGGUAG